UGAUCUACUACGUUAACUUUGUCGUGAAUUCACACAGUGGAGCUGUGUGAAGCUAAAUAAUGCUUACUUUCGUGUAGGAUAAAAAAAGUUACUAGAGGGGUCUAGUCGGGGACACAAUUUAUUUGUAAGCAAUACACGAGGACUCCUUUUACCGCUGGAUUUUUCCCACAGUGAGCCCGAGUUUAAGUCUUAUGGAAAUAUGCUUUUUAUUUUAAACUUGAGGCGGAAUUAGCGUAUGUUGGUCGAUAAAAAUACGCUGCUUAUUUCUCGCUUCACUCUUUAUUGUUGACUAAUAUUAGACGUUGUACAUAUAAGCCGUAUGUAUAACCAAUACUCCAUAUCGCUCUGCAAUUUAUUAUUUUGCGACUGGAUAGCGGUUGGUUACGUUACGUUAACGUUAGCUGUCGCCCGUUCUCUAUUUUGCAGCGUUUAGUUUGACUACCCAGCUAAAUGUUGUUUUAUUUAUAUUAUUUUUCCUCUUUGUGUGAAAAUGUAACACAAUAGUUGUGUAUUAUUGAAGAACACACUAAAAUCGCCGAAAACAGAGCUUUCAUGUGAGAAGCUGCUAACCAUAUUUAAAAACAAACAGUAUUAAUGUAGCGUGUAGUUAUUUCGAAAACAGUGGCACUGUAAUGAAGUGACUAUCACGCCCAGUUUUGCGUUUAUUUCUAACGGGAGCAUCUGACAGAAGCGCGUUCACGACUUGCCCGUGCACCGGCGGGCUGCGCGCGAGUCUCCAUCCUGACAAUGGACGAUCACAAACCGCGCUACAGCAAGAGACUGCGGUCUGGCACGCGGAGGCGUUACCAAGACGAUGGCAUUUCCGACGACGAGAUCGAUGGAAAGAGGACUUUCGAUCUGGAAGAGAAGCUACACAGCAGCAGCUUCAACUCAGACCGAGUCAAACGCAUGGAGGGCAAAGACUUCUCGUAUGAGUACGUCCAGAGACAUGGUCUCCGGGAUCCUAUCAUCUUUGAGAAGCCCGAAGGUCUUGGCAUCAAAAUGCCAGAUCCAGACUUCACUGUAAAUGAUGUGAAGUUGUUUGUAGGAAGUCGACGGAUAAUUGAUGUGAUGGAUGUGGCUACUCAGAAAGGGACAGAGAUGUCGAUGGCCCAGUGGAGGCGCUACUACGAGACCCCUCCCUCUCAGAGAGAAAAGCUUUAUAAUGUGAUCAGCCUUGAGUUUAGCCACACUAAACUAGAGACCCUUGUCAAAAGACCCUCCACGGUGGACAUGAUCGACUGGGUGGACAACAUGUGGCCUCGACACUUAAAAGAAAGACAAAGAGAUUCUACAAACUCUAUCAUGGAGAUGCAAUACCCCAAAGUGCAAAAGUACUGCCUGAUGAGUGUACAGGGCUGUUACACAGAUUUCCACAUAGACUUCGGAGGCACGUCUGUGUGGUACCACAUACAUAAAGGCUGCAAGGUCUUUUGGUUAAUCCCUCCCACGAUUCAAAACCUGGAGCUUUAUGAGAACUGGGUGUUGUCAGGGAAACAAGGCGACAUCUUUCUUGGUGACAGGGCCACUGAUUGCCAGAGGAUUGAGCUCAAGCAGGGCUACACGUUCAUCAUUCCAUCAGGUUGGAUCCAUGCUGUGUACACACCAGUGGACACGCUUGUUUUUGGUGGGAAUUUUCUACAUAGUUUUAACGUCUCCAUGCAAUUGAACAUCUCCGGCAUUGAAGACAGAACACGGGUGCCUGUGAAGUUCCGGUAUCCAUUCUUCUUUGAGAUGUGCUGGUACGUGUUGGAGCGUUAUCUCUACAGCUUAACCAACAACUCCCACCUCAUCCCGGAGUUCCAGAAACACUCCCUGGGCAUCGGCUUGAAGCAGGAAAACUCUGAGGUUCUGAAUGGGCAUGCAAAAGAGGAAAGAGAUGAGAUGGAUGCCCCCUCUCCCCCUAGUGCACCAGGGGUGAAGACUCACUUGACUGCUUUCGAGCAGGAAGGGCUGUGGAGGCUGGUGAAGAAGCUGGAGUCGCUGCCCUCACAUAAGAAGUGUGUGCCUUCAGGAAUACACAAUGCUGCUGCCCUGCUGCUGGACAUACGGGCAUUGUUGAAAGAACAUGCAAAUGACAUCCCUAAGCUCUCUUACACUGGAAGACCCAUUGUCAGAUGGCCCAAGAGGCCCCCCUGGUACCAGCCCCCUCCUCCCCCUCCACCUGUCAUGCGUCCCAAGCUGGCGACCACACCCAUUGUUCCACGGCCUGUCAAACCAGCCUCCAACAUGUCGGUCCUGCGCCGGCGCCGCGUGCGCUGCAAACGAUGCGAGGCCUGUCUGCGCACAGAAUGUGGCGACUGCAACUUCUGCCGAGACAUGAAGAAAUUUGGCGGCCCUGGCAAACUCAAACAGACCUGCGUCCUGCGGCAAUGUCUUGCUCCUGGUCUGCCACUCUCUGCUGUGUGUGAGCUCUGUGGCGAAGGGAAUCAGGAGACCAGUGAAGAGCUGAUGGAGUGUUCCAACUGUGCUCAGAUUGCACAUCCCAGCUGUUUGAAGACGUCUGGUGAGGGAGUGGUGAACAAAGACCUGCCGAGCUGCUGGGAGUGUCCCAAGUGUGUUUUGGGAAAAGACACAGAUUCUGAGUCGUCAGGCAGCGGUGAUGACAUCACGGCACAGGAUGGGUCAGGGGGGCGAGGGGGCGAGGGCGGGGCGUGGCAUGGGGUCGGGCGGCCCCCCUCUUCUCUCUCUCACGGCUCGCUCCAGAAACGGGCAGCAGCCCCUGAGCAGCGGCUCAGGAAGAGGAUUAAAUUGGAUGGUGGUAAAUCUCAUAAACGCAAGUCUUCAUCUCUUGAUCCCCGCGUGGCUAAAAUCUACCGGAGACAUGGGAUGGAGCACGACGAUGAUUCGGGCAGCGAUGAUGACGGAGACAGCGGCAGGAUGUCUUCAGUGCGCAGCAGCGGCGUCUCCUCGUCUCGCAGAGGUUAUGGAGCCAGCAGACGAGGCGUUUGGAGAGGCUCCUCACAGAGGGGCCCUCGAGGGGGCGGAAGCCUGUCCUCUAGUUCCCUCAAAAUGAGGAGAGGACUCGGAGCAAGAGGAGAGAGAGGAGGUCGAGUGAGGUUACGAGGAGGAUCGCAGAUGAGGAGACGGCGGUAUGAAACUGACGAUGACGACGAUGAUGAUGACGACGACGACGAUGAUGAUGACGAUGAUGAGGAUGAUGAUGAUGAGGAUGACAGCGAAGAAGACAGGCAUAUGAGCCGGUCAGAGAAAGAGCAUCGUUCCAGGAGGCGAAGACGGAGAGGUGACGAUUACGAUGAUGAUGAGGACGAGGAUGACGACGAUGAGGAGGACAGCGAGGAACAGGACUUUGAGGGAGAGGACGAUGAAAUGGAGGACUUGGAUGAUGGAGGAGAUGAAGAUGAUGAGGAUGGAGAAAACCAAUCCGACUCGGAUCCUGAACCACCAGUUUUGCUCGUCUCAGACUUAAAUGAUGACCUGCUGAACGAUUCCUACCUGACCGUGACCCUCCAUCGGCCGCCGAAGGCCAAACGUGACCCUGGCUCCAUUGUGCCUAAACUAGAAGCAGCGAUGUCCCCCCGCACAGGUGGUGGUUCCAGCUUCAUUCAGCGAAAAACACUUCCUAAAGCGCGGCUCAAGACCAGCACCUCCACCCCUGCUGGAAACGGCCUGACUCAAGCUAAAAGCGGCCGUCCCACGAGGCGAAGCUCCAACCAAGAUGGCAGAGAGAGAGACACAGCGUCACCCUCCUCCAUGUCGUCUCGCUCCUCUGUUUCUCCACCUCCUCCUCCUCCAUCCAUCACCUCCUCAUCCUCUCCUUCCCUUCUCUCACAUCCUUCGUUCCGAGAUGUAGGAAAUGAGCUCGGCUGUGAAAAGGACAUUUGGGUGUCGGUGUUUCGUUACCUGGAUCGGACAGAUUUGGCUGUGUGCAUGAGAGUCUGCAAGGCUUGGUUUAAAUGGUGUUGUGAUAAACGUUUAUGGACACGGAUAGAUCUGAGUCGCUGUCGGGCACUCAGUCCUCAGGCUGUAACAGCUAUCAUUAAACUACAACCUGUGACCCUUGACCUUUCCUGGACACCUGUGUCAAAAAAACAGCUGGCCUGGCUCAUUCAUCACCUCACAAGUUUAAAAGAUCUAAUAAUGUCUGGUUGUUCUUCAUUAUGUGUAUCCGCAUUAAGCUCACAGAGCUGUCCGAGUUUGCGAUCUCUUGACCUGUGUUGGGCUGUGGGCGUCAAAGACUCGCUGAUAAAAGAUCUUAUCGUGCAGCAAGGCAGUGAAAGUCGCAGUCGUCUCAGAAGUUUGGUUAGUCUGCGCUUGUCUGGUUUGGAAUUGAGUGACUCUGUCAUUAAGACGAUGGUCCGCCACAUGCCUUCACUGCGGCAGUUAGAUCUGUCCUACUGUCAGGGCCUCACAGACCAGUCCAUCAACCUGCUCACCGCUACUGGAUGCAACACUCGCAACACACUCAGACAGCUCAAUCUUUCAGGUUGUAAUAAGCUGUCAGAUGGCUGUCUCUCAUAUAUGAAGCGAUUAUCCGCUCUGGUUCUGUUGGAUUUGCGGGGCUGCAAGAACGUGACCCGACACGGCUGUGAAAACUUCAUUUCGGACCUGUCCUACUGCACUGUAUUCUGCCUGUCCGAGGAAAAACUCAUUCAGAGAGUAUCCUAAUUUGCCCACAAUCACACACACACACACACACAAACACAUUUACAUAUAUAUACAAAUAUAUAUAUAUAAAUAUAUACACACACAGCUCAGCUUAGCGAGCUCACGAGUGCUCCAUCCCACUCAAACACAGGCACGUCUAGCCUGACUGAGAGGAUGAGGCUGAGGAACACAGACGGACGGAUGGCCGCCCUUCUAGACAUAGCUGGAAAACAGGCUUAUUUCCUGUGGUGGUGUGUCUUUAAGUCAAGGGGAGGAUUUGAUUUCCAGCACCCAGUCGAAUCUGAUUCAGAAACAUCCAGCGUGUGGCUUUUUCUUCUCUGGACGUUCAGCCAAAUCCAAAGUGAAUUCUUCAGGAGAAUCUGAACUGCGUCAUCUAAGAAGGUUGGUUCUGUUCCAGAAGCAGCCACUCAUGUGUUUGCCGUGGCAUCAAUGCUAGGUAAGCUGUAAAAAGGAAGAAAAUGGCAGAUCCUGAUAGUUGUCAUCCUCCACACUUGAUGAGGGAAUGUAGUGGCAGCAAUUAUAGUCACCCAGAUGGUUCACUCAUACUCUUAGAGACUCUUUUGUCUGAACACGGUUUUGGUGGUUUAAUGGUUUCGAAAGUUCUGCUGCCUGACGCAGAACACAAGUUUAUACUCAGUCACACCAAAACUGAGUUCACUCUUUCUUAGUUUUCUGUCAUCUGAUGGUUUGUUCUUCUGCUUGCUGUCAUCUCUAACGGCCGUUCACCUGCGUUCUCCUGUUCUGUCUAAACUCGCGGUUUAGGCCAAGUUGUUCCAUUUACCCUGGGAAAGCUAUAAUUUAAGUGCGACUUGUAGCAACAUGAUAGCAAUUAUUUUCUGAGGACUUUUUAAAAAUGGAAAAGUUGCUGUUCGGUUAGGUUUUUUUUUUUUUUUCAUUAAAAAGCAGAAAAAUAAAAAGUGGAAAGCAAACGAGGUGUUUUCG